AUGGCAUCUAGCAUCAGUGCUAAACAUGGAUUAUUAAGCAGUAAAACGUCGUUGUAUGGAGCUCUUCACAGAAAGAUAUCACCCAGCAGGAUACAGAGUGUGAGAGCAGCAACCAGCGCGACGGCAGACUCACAACUCAACGAGAAAUACUGUCUGGAGCUGGUCCGGUCCAGAGACUAUGACGGCUUCGUGUCCUCCCUCCUCCUCCCAGAGGAGGUGCGGCGCUCCUCUUUGGCUCUGAGAGCCUUUAAUGUGGAGCUGGCACAGGUGAAGGACUCCGUUUCCCAGAAGACCAUUGGUUUGAUGCGAAUGCAGUUCUGGAAGGCGGCCAUUGAAGACAUCUACAGAGACGAUCCUCCGAACCAGCCCGUCAGUGCCGAGCUGUGGAGGGCGGUGAGGAAACAUUACCUGACAAAGAGAUGGCUACUGAGGAUCAUAACAGAGAGAGAGAAGGAUCUGGAUGACCGAGCCUACAGAAACCUCCAGGAGCUGGAGGCGUAUUCAGAGAACACACAGUCCUCCUUGUUGUACCUGCUGCUGGAGAGUUUAGGGUUGAAAAAUGUCCACGCUGACCACGCAGCGAGUCACAUCGGUAAAGCUCAGGGAAUCGUGACGUGUCUGAGAGCGACUCCUUAUCACAGCAGCCGACGGAAAGUCUACCUGCCUAUGGACAUCUGCAUGCUGCACGGAGCUUCCCAAGAGGACUUCAUCCGCGGCAGCCGGGAGCAGAACGUCCGGGAUGUCGUGUACGACAUCGCCAGUCAGGCUCACGUACAUCUACAACACGCGCGAUCAUUUAGCAGCAACGUCCCAGCAACUGCCACUCCAGCCUUCCUCCAGACCGUGGUGGUGGAGGACUACCUACAGAGAGUGAGGAGGGCAGAUUUCGAUGUUUUCAGCCCCAGUCUGCAGAACAAAAACCCCCUCCUCCCCUUCCAGCUGUACCUCCGCUCCUGGAAGAAGACCUACUGACUGUCCCCCCAGAGUCUUCGCCUCUCUGGGGGAUUCUGCCUGAAGGAACACACUGUAGCACGUCUAUAAAGAAACCCAGACUUGUUUUGAAUCACCGUGCUGCAACUGAAAUCUGCCUCCUAAAUAAUAAACCCACAACCACAAACCGCAGCAGAGACACAGACUGUCCUUUCUCAACAUCUGGUUCGCACACCAGCUUUGGUCCUUCAGAAUUCAAGUAUUUCACAUCUUAUUUGUGAAUGUACGAGGGAAAUGUUUUAUGCAAGGACUUAUUAAAGGAUUAUUCCAAGGAUGAUAACAUUUUAACUACCAAGUUAAUUACUGAGGUCUUGAAACACUAAAAUGAAGAAACAGGUGAAGAAACAGGAGCAGUCAGACGAUCAGACAAACCAACAUAUUUGGGAAAAUGUCUGUUGGUUCCCGCUUCAGCAGUGACCUAACACACGUAACCUCACGAGUACAAGAGAGUACACAAGGAAGAGCCAUCUAUCUUCAUCACAUCACAGGCUUGAUGUAGAAUGAUAAAGUCCGAACUUUGAGUCAGAUGUUCGUUAGCUAAUGUCGCCAGCAUGCAGCGGUGGAAGAAGUAUUCACAGCUUUUACUUUAAAGUACCAAUAACAACAGUUUAGAAAUACUCUGUUACAAGUAAAAAUACUUGUUAUUUCAGAAUAGUAUAUAUUAUUGGAGUAUAAUUAUUGAUUAAUAUGUAAACAUCAUUCAUUUUGCAGCUGCUGAAGGUGGAGCUAAAACAACUUUAUUUACCGCUGAAUAGUUUGAUCUAUAAUAAUACAUCAUGUAUUAGUUAAUUGUACGUUCUGUAAUAAACUGGAUCUGUAAUGCAACAACAUCAGAGUUUUAAAGCAGCAUAAAAUAAAAAUUCUCAAGUACCUCUAACUUCUACUUAAGUACUUCACUCAAAUAUCUGUACUUCUACUCCUUACAUUUUCAAAACAGGCCCGGUACUUUUAGGUUGAUGCAUUUAUUGUUAUUAAGUUUUUUUGCAUCAUUGCACGCCUUCCCAACAUCAGGACCGGUGCGUAUCACCGUAUCGUCGUCAUCAAAGACGAGAGAGGGAGACUAACUUUGCACAGAAACAGACGGUACAUUUCAGAGCCCGUGCUUUUUCACUUUCACUUGAGAAAACAAUCAGUUCUUCUACUUUUACACAAGUAUCUGUACUUCUACUUGAGUAAAGAACAUGUAUUUUGAAUAACGUAAUAGCAACCAAUCAGAGCCAAGAAAACUAGAAAGAUGCUUUGGGUUGGAGGCUUGAAGAUAGCUGAUUGUCCCACAGAAUUUCUAGGCUCACAUAUUACCUGUCUCAUGUUCUACUGUCAGGAUAUAGUGAAAGUUUCAGCGAAAUAAUUUAUAAAAAUGACCAAAAAAUUGCAGCUUUAACGGCAUUAAUGUCAGGAAACAAAGCAGCUUGGUUCCGACUGUAAAUACGCUGGUACAUACUGAUAAAUGGACCACAGGUGAGUUCUUUAGUACUCAACUCGUCACAGCGAGCACAUUGUUUCCCUGUGCAAUGACGGACUAUUACCAACAUUAAUCACUUUCAGUUUAACCUCCAAAUAAAGUGGUUUAGAUAAACUGUUGGAUUGUUCCCAACUUGUCUGUUCGCCUGACUGCUCUUGGUGGGAAAAAAACACAAAAAUAACACCCACAGUGUAACACCUGCAAUUAUCCUUUCCAUUGUUUUAUUGCUUGUACCUUCAGAGGAAGACGAAGAGAAAGAAGCAUUGGAAGAAGACAGCAGGAGUGUCAGUCUGUCACCAACAUGGCAGAUCCUGGUAGAAAAGCUGCUGUCCAGCCGUGAUGGUUACUAUGGUAACGGAAUGAAUUUAUUUAUUCAUUACAUCCUUCGGUAUUUUCAUUAGUUUGGUUCCUAAUCCCAUCUGACUCUUCAAUCUUAAUAAAUGAUAAAACUUUCACAGCAAAUUACUCGCCAUAUUUCACCUCAGUGAUUCAUAGUUUGUUUAUUUAUUUGUUUGUUGCAAGGAUUCUGUGAUCUUCCCUUUUCUCUCUCCUCGUCUGUCUAAUUGUGGCUGCAGAGGAAAAUCUCACAGAGAAGAAUUCAGAUAUCAUUUUGGUCCGAGAUUCAGUGGGUUUGUUUUUUUUGGAGCCACUCAGCACAGAGAGUGACUCAAGGAGGGAGGGACCAAUCAAUGGGAAGAACAGAAUCUCAAAAGAUAAUGAGGAAGAAGAUGUACACUCAGGCUGCAUCAAAUAAGGAACAUUUUAUCUUUGAAAAGACUUGAUACAAAGCACACCUGUGGAGAGCUGUUUGAAGUUUCCUACUGCACAAAUACAUCAAUGUACUCACACUGGCCCUGCCGUCUGUGUGUGUAACUGUUCUCCUGAGAUAAAUCUUAUCUUCUGCAGCUGUUAUCAAGCCAAACUGAGCCCAUAAUGGAAAGAAAAUAACUGCUGUAUGUUAGUUUUGCUUCACGCUGGGGCUGAAAAACCUCCAGGAGGAUGAGAAACGACUGGAGGGCCAAUCGCAGACCGUAGGCGUUAAAUUAUGCACUGAAUUACCCCGAAAGGAAACACACCCACACAUUAUGUUUAGCAUCUGAAGGUUAAAAUAACACCAGCAUCUUUAAAUAAAGCAAAGUAUGACAUUU